UAACAGGUUUUUGGUCAAUCUCAUGAACGCUACCACAAAUCAUUAUACAAACAUGUGAUUCUCAUUAACCGAUGAUACUUUCAAAAUGGUAUUGAAUUCACUAGCAAUUUAUCUCUUACUUGUCUUUCUUGCAUGUUCUUCGACUCUUGAAGCCUCCAUUAAUGGCGGAGGAUUAAGAUUCAAACAAGAAAACCCAAUCAAAAGAUCCGAUUUUCCACCGGGGUUUCUAUUCGGAGCAGCCACUUCUGCUUAUCAAGUUGAAGGAGCGUAUCUUGAAGAUGGCAAAUCAAUCAGCAACUGGGAUGAUUUUUGUCAUUCCAAAGGGUGUGGAGAAAAUGGUGAGAAUGGGGAUGUUGCAGAUGAUCACUACCAUCUGUUCUUGAAAGACAUUGAGAUUAUGCAUUCGCUUGGCUUAAAAGCAUAUCGAUUUUCCAUUUCAUGGGCUAGAAUUCUUCCAAGAGGAAGGUUUGGUGAAGUUAAUCCUCUGGGAAUCAUGUUCUACAACAAAAUUAUCGAUAAUCUUGUACUCAAAGGAAUCGAGCCAUUUGUGACAAUUCACCAUCAAGAUUUCCCUCAAGAACUCGAAGAGAAAUAUGGAUCUUGGCUUGACCCUCAAAUGCAGGACGAUUUUGUACAUUUUGCAGAAAUCUGUUUCAAGAGUUUUGGAGACCGAGUAAAGUACUGGAUCACAAUCAAUGAACCAAAUUUGUUUUCAGAAAUGGCUUAUGAAAGAGGGACAUAUCCACCAGCUCGAUGUUCAUACCCUUUUGGCAACUGUCUUUCUGGGAAUUCUGAUGUUGAGCCUCUUUAUGCCAUGCACAACAUGUUAUUAGCCCAUGGAAAGGCUGCAAAGCUUUAUCAUGAAAAAUUUCAGGCAAUUCACAAACCAAAACAAGGAGGAUUAAUAGGAUUAGUUAUACAUUGCUUUAUGUAUGAACCACUUACAGACAGUGAUUUGGAUCGUGAAGCUGCUGAAAGGGCUAUGAUAUUCAAUAUUGGUUGGUCGUUUGAUCCACCUAUAUUUGGGGAUUACCCUAAAGAAAUGCGUGAUUACCAUGGAAGUGAAUUGCCAAGAUUCUCCCUAGAGGAAAAGAGUUUUAUGAAGAACAGUAUUGAUUUCAUUGGAAUCAAUCAUUACUCAGCUGUAUACACCAAAGAUUGUACAAAUUCAAGCUGCUUAGAAACUGCUAAUCGUUUAAUCAAAGGUUUUGUGGAAAUUACUGGAGAACGUGAUGGUGUGUGGAUUGGUGAACCGACAUCAAUGCCAAGAUUUUUUGUAGUUCCUAGAGGAAUGGAAGAGAUUGUUGACUAUGUCAAGACUCGGUAUAAUAACAGACCAAUGUUUAUUACUGAAAAUGGGUAUUCAUCACCAAACAUACAUGAUGUACAAGUUGAAGAGAUUCUGAAUGAUGUCAAGCGAAUUGAAUUCCAUCAGUCAUACCUUGCUUCUUUAGCCAAAGCCAUAAGGAAUGGAGCCGAUGUCCGUGGCUAUUUUGUAUGGGCAUUGAUGGAUAACUAUGAAUGGACAUUCGGUUACAAUGUAAGAUUCGGUUUACAUUAUGUUGACCACAACACGUUUGACCGAAUACCCAAAUUGUCAGCACAAUGGUAUCAAGAUUUCUUGAAAAACAACAGUUUGCUUGAUAAUCCAUCCAUCAGAACUCUAGAAUCAGUGCAAAAGCAAGCAGAUUUAUGAUGUUUGAUGUGGGAAUCGAUGCUUGUUUGUAAUUUUAAUUAGUACAUUACUAUAUUUAUAUAUAAUUGUUGCGAUUUUCUUGAACAUAAACGUUUGAAAAUAUGAUAUUACAUGU